AUGAGUAACGUUACUUCUGCAACUCGUAUGAUAUCUACUAAUCGUAAUAUACGACAACGUUGUCAAUUAAAAUAUUCCAAAUACGGUAUAUUUAAUUGGGAUAAAUGGACUGAGUAUGAUUGUAUAUUCUGUUCGUUUAUUGAUGUUAAUGGUAUUCAACAAAAUCAACUCGAAUUACAUUCAAAAUAUAAUAUUCAUGAACCGAAUGGUAAAAUUAUUGACCUUAGAAAACUUCGUUCAGUAACUUCUAUACAUGGAGAUAUAAAUAAAAAUGAACCAAAAAAUAUCAUUAUACUUAAAAUUAAUGGAAAAAGACAUCGAUUUGGUUUUGAUAAUAUAUAUGAAUAUAAUCAAUGGAAAACUCUUCUUGAUGGAGUAUAUAAUUCUUCAUGGGAUUUAAUCAAUAAAGAUCGUCCUGAUGAAAAUACAACUGUAAAUAUGCUAUAUGAAUCUGCUACAGCAAUGCGAUAUCGUGUUCAUUUUACUGAUUUAGCAACUCAAGAAAUUUUAUCUUUACCAAGUGGUGUAUGUGAAUUAAUAGUUGAUACAGAUAAAAUAGUUCUUGAACAACAUCAUGAUAAACAAUAUACAUUUCCACGUUCAACAAUUCGUACAAUACGUUUAAUAAAUGAUCGUGAUAUUGAAUUUGAAUUAGGUACACGUGCACCUGUACAAGGUUUUAUACGUUUUCGUUUUGAAUCAUCUAUUGAUGCACGUUCAUGUUAUUUACAAUGGAACGAAGGUAUUACAACAGCAGAAACAAGCUAUCGAGAAUCACGAGAACAUUUAUUAACAAGACAUAAGUCACAAAAAACAGGAUGUUCAGUACCUCCACCACAUAUUCCGUUACAACAAGAAUAUAGCCAUCAAUCAUUUCGCGCACCAAGAAAUUUAUUAACAAGAAGUUCAUAUUAUAACAUGGAAUCAUCAGCAAUAAAUAUACCUCAAAAUGAGUAUACAGCAUUUCAGACACUUGUCUAG